UGCCCGAAUAGGAGGACUAUCACCAGCGGCACCCGGCGCCUGCACCUGACCACAUAUGCAACACAUGCAGGGCCCUCGAAGGGAGAGAAGGACUCGAUGCACAUAAUCUUCCGUGCCGGCGUGUCCCCAUAUGUCGAUCCGAAUCUGUCUUCAUGAAACCACGACCUUCCGGUUUUUGGUCCUCUGUGCAUCCAGCGAGUUGUAGUACGAGUACCGGCGGUGAAACAGUCAUCAUCAUUAUUGUCAUCAUUAUUAUCAUUGCUACCAUCGUUAAGUACCAAAGGAAAAAUAAGGCAAAAAGGCUCACCGUUUGUACGUCCAUCCGUUAUACUCGACAUCCCGCGACCACAUCCACGACUGCAAAAUCUCGCAACAACAGCUCGACAAUUAAUCAAGCAUGCGCACACACAUCUAGAAACUUCAAGUAUCUUUGUUAUGUCUUUUCUGUCUGUACAAUCUCAACCACGUCUACGCUCGUCCUACUCUCAAUCCUACUCUCUUCUCUGAGCGAGAAGGUCUCGUGUGCAUUGAUGCAUGCACUCGUUGCAUUGCCAUCGUGCGCAGUUCACUGUCCGUCCCCACCUCUCCCCUUCACCUUCUUGCCUUUGCGUCUUCGCGUCUUCCUGUAAGCUUUCCCUUUCUCUAUUCUCGAGUGCUGGGAUGAGAAAACAAGUAGGUGGGUAGAUGGGUGGGAGUAGCAUGGCGGGUGAUGUAUUCCAUAUCGUUU